CCAGCAGAUAGUUCGAAGCUGUACCAGACUUCGAGCUCGUCGAGGCUGGUACUUAGAGCCCAGCUCUCCCACGAUUCCGUCCCGCCAUUUAUACAUACGGUCGCUCCCAUCGCUGCUCCCAUCGUCGAUAACAUGCCACUCUCAACUAUCGAUGUCUUGCCUCCGGAGUUAUUCAUCCAGAUAUUCACUUAUUGUGUCUCCAACGAUGCACUCGCACCCUUGAACCUCCGGGCUGUCUCUACUACAUGGAAAGAUACCGUCGACAAUUCACCUGCCGUCUGGCAACUCAUCUCUCUCGAUAGUGAUGCUCGUUCACCACUUUGUUCUCGCCAUCAAGCAGAGUUCUGGGUAAACAGGUCCCAGCCCCUACCCGUCGACGUAGAAAUCAGCGCACACGAUCUCGACCUCUUCCUUCCCCUCAUCUCUCCCCUUCUUCCCUCGAUAGACCGUUGGCGGACGUUCAGUCUCACAGGAAGACGAGAGGAGUAUGUUAACAUGGAAGACCUUGAUCUACCCCCAGACUCUCUCAAGCGUCUCCAUGUCUUCUUACACGAUCACGAUUUCGAUGACCUUGAUGAAGAAGUGAUGUCCCCCCCAAAGAUCACAUUCACCCGCACCUACCCAAUGUGGCCGGAACCAUUCACCAUGAACAUCUGGCUCUCCAAACUCCCCUGCCCACUCCUACUAGCUCCCCUCCGAUUCACGCAUGUCACUAUAUCCGAGGGACCAGCAGUCGGAAUACAAACCCAUCCGCAGCCCGUCCUCGAGUUCCUCACCGCCUGCCCCGAACUCGAAUUCUUCUGCUUCUACGGCUGGCCGCACGACGAUCAGCCGCCCCCAGAGCACCUCCCAGUAGUCCACCUCCCGAACCUCCGCACACUCCGCCUAAAGAGCACCUGCUCAGCCCGUGCCCUCCUCUCCUCACUCAACACACCCCGACUGCGGAACCUCUACCUCGCGCACCUGAACGUCGAUUUCAUGCUGCAGCAGGCAGAGCACCGCGAAGCCGGGGACAGCGACGACGACGCGCGGGAUUACUCCCAGUCUCCAUGGAGCGACCACGCAACGGGCAUGGGGCUACGCAAGCUCAUCAACCAAUGUAAUCCCCCCAUCCGAAUCCUCGAGAUGGAUUUCAGCGACAUGCGGACGAAGGAUUUCCGGUAUGUGUUUGAUCGGCUGAAGGACUUGGAGGAGUUUAGGAUCGUCGCGUCGGAUAUGUCGGAUAAGGUUAUUGCCUUGUUCAAGCCGGUGUUCAGUGUAGACGGUACGACCUUGAUCAGGUUACCCAGAUUGAGGCAUCUGGAGCUGUAUAACUGUCCCCGCCUCACGGGGGACGCCGUCGUCAACUCUCUGGAGCCUCGCGUGGUAUAUACUGAUGCUCGAAAUACGGAUGGCAAGUUCAUGGAAGUGGCGGUUGUGGGUUGUGAGGGCUUCACGCUUUGGCAUGAACAUUUGCUGUCGGAAUCUUUGGGCAAGCGAUUGCGGACACAUGAUUGA